UAUCAAUGACGACUUUCCACGGCGUCGAGAAAUGUGAACGCAUUGUUGCUGCGCUUUACGAGACAAACAUGGCGUCGUCUCUGUGGAAGGGUCUGGUAGGAGUGGGUUUGUUCGCUUUGGCACACGCAGCUUUUUCGGCGGCGCAGCAUCGAUCUUACAUGCGACUCACAGAGAAGGAAAAUGAGACGCUACCAGUAGAUAUAGUCUUGCAGACUUUAUUAGCAUUUAUAGUGACCUGCUAUGGUAUAGUCCAUAUUGCUGGAGAGUUCAAAGACAUGGAUGCUUCGGCAGAACUGAAAAACAAGACGUUUGACACUCUGAGGAACCACCCUUCCUUCUAUCUGUUCAAUCACCGAGGCCGGGUGCUGUUCCGCUCCCCUGACCAGGCAGCCUCCUCCAUCCCCAGCCCACAGGCCCUGCAGGGUAACCCCCUGCGACUCCGCAAGUUGGAGCCUGUACAUCACUGAUGCUCACCUUCCUCUCUCUCUCUCUCUUCAUUUUUACUUUUUCCUCCCACAUAUAGUUAUGAAGAACUUCUCUUCAGUACAAAAAAAACAAGAGUUCUGUGACGCUUGCGAAAGACUGCAGGUCUUUCUUUACCCCACCAUUUGAUCCUUCCUGUCUGUACGAUGUAUUACUUUCAUAUCAUAUUCCAUCAUGUAACUUUGGACUGUGCCAUUCCCUGUGUCUCCAGGGGUCAUUCGCUUGUAAAUAAAUGCGGUUUCUCUGAAAUAAGGACCCCAGCUCCCCAUCCGUAUUUGUUUGAAGCAGUUGAUAUUUGUUUGCAGCCAUUUCUUGCACUGAUUAUCUGAUUUCAAUGCCUUGUCAUCAAAUCUAGAUUUAGUGCUGCUGUUGCUAACUUUUCUCCCUGCAUACUGUACAUAAAUCCAAUGUAAGAUUGCAGCUUAUGGAUUGUACACUGGCUUUGAUUUUCAGAGGUUGUAUUUAUAUAUUCAACUGGAGUUUGAUACAUGGUCGACUGAAGUUACAUAAUGCACUGUAAUAGGCUGAGACUAUAUGAAAUAGGUUUUUGAAACGUGAGCUUGUUAAAAUACAUUGUGAACACUGAACCAAGGGAGAACAUGGUACAUUAGGGCAGAUAAGUAUACUUUCAUUUUGUGUAAAAAAAUUAGAAUUAACUAAAUAAACUUUGAAUAUUGACUGUA